AUGGAACCAUUCUCAGACAAUACUCAUGUUCAGAACUUUAAACAACAACUUGCUAUGGACCAGGCUACGAGUAAUUGCAAUGGUAAAAUAUGGUUAUUUUGGAACUCAGAUGUUGAUUGCAAAGUAGUAGAGGAGGAUGAACAACAAAUUACUUGUGAAAUUAUUCAUAAUGAGCUGCAAACUCAAUUCACUACCACAUUUAUUUACGCCAAAUGCAAGGACCAUCUUAGAAGAUCUCUCUGGGACAGAAUGCUUCAUCAUGCCAAUGGUACAACCAACUCUCCUUGGUGUGCAGUAGGGGACUAUAAUGUUAUCACUUCUAUGGAUGAAAAAUUAGGAGGGGUGCCUUACAACAUGAGGAAAAGUUUAGAGUUCAUAGCUGUAAUUGAGGCGUGUGGGCUGCUGGAUCUGGGCUUCAGUGCACAGAAAUAUACAUGGUCUAACAAUAGGGGUAUAUACAACAGGGUGUGGAAACGAUUAGACAGGGCAAUGGUAAAUGACUCUUGGCUGGAAAAAAUGCCUCAAACAACUAUCAUUCAUCUCCCUUCAGUGGGAUCUGAUCACUGCCCCCUAUUGAUGGAAAUGAAGGCUAGAUCAUUCUGGGAAAGGGAAUUGGAGGGCAACAGUAUGUGGAGGUUCCACCAGAAAUUCAAAAGAUUGGCUGGCACUCUUAGCUCUUGGUCCAAGGGACAAUUUGGAGACAUCUUUACCAAUGUCAAGGAAUAUGAAAAUAAAGUCAAAGUUGCUGAGGAAAAUUUUAUUCAGAACAAUACAGAGGGGAACAGAUCUGCCCUACAUGAGCUGAAUGCAGAAUACAUCAGAUUUCUAAAGAUGAAGGACUCUAUACUUAAACAAAAAACCCAACUCCAAUGGUUUAGAGAAGGCGACAACAAUACUAAAUACUUCCACUCAUUGAUAAGAGGGAGAAGAAGGAGACUUUUUAUACACAGAAUCCUAAAGGAGGAUGGGGACUGGCUACAAGGUGAUGAGAAUAUUGCAGAUGCAGCUUGUGAUCACUUUCAACAAAUCUUCACAGGUGAAGAUAAGAGCAUCAAUGCAGGGCCUCUUGAUUGCCUCCCUAGAAUGAUUAAUCAAGAGGACAAUGAUACACUGACUGCCAGGCCUACUUUGGAAGAAUUAAAAGAGGUGGUUUUUUCCAUGAAACUGAAUUCAGCAGCUGUUCCAGAUGGCAUGAAUGGCUGGUUUUUCCAGAAAUGCUGGCAGAUCAUCAAACACGACCUGCUAGAAGUCAUCCUAGCCUUUUUCAGUGGGCAGAUAAUCCCCAAAUAUUUCUCCCACUCAUGCAUUGUUUUGCUGCCCAAAGUGAGCAAUCCUAAUAAGCUUUCUGAAUUCCGGCCUAUCAGCUUAAGCAAUUUCACCAGUAAAAUUAUUUCAAAACUUUUAAGCCGGAGAUUGGGACCUAUCUUACCAAACUUGAUUUCCCUCAACCAAUCAGGCUUUGUCAAGGGGAGGAUCAUUUCAGAAAACAUCUUGUUAGCUCAAGAGAUCAUCCAUCAAAUUAAGAAGCCUAAUAUUAGAAGCAAUGUGGUCAUUAAACUGGAUAUGGCAAAGGCCUAUGACAGGGUCUCUUGGUCUUAUAUCUGCCUAGUAUUACGAAAAAUGGGCUUUGACUAG